GAGAGAGGAGUCAAAGAGGGGGAGGGCGUGGGAGUGGAGCGUGGCUGGCGGUGUCCGGAACCCAUCGACGUCCGCUGUCUCGCCGAUCGAUCGGAGCGCCGAGAGAGCGAGCUUCCAGGGGGGGGUUUUAUAGGGGCCUAGUUGGGUUUUCUGGGGAUCGAUCAGCGCCGAGUUCAGGGCUCCGAGGUCUUCUUUACUCUUGAUUCUCCUCCGGCUGUGUUCUCGGGUGGGGUUGUUAGGGUUUUGCUUGGACCGUAAGGAUCGAAGAGUUGGUUGGGGGUUUGGGUGGUUGAGUGCUUGGGUUCGUUGUUCGUUGUAGAAAAAUUUUAGGUCGGAUUGGAUUGGAUUAGAUUCAGGUUCUGUUUUGGGUUUUUGUGUGGUUGGUUUGGGAUCUGGGUUUGGAUUUUAGUGGUUUUGAGGCGUUGUCAGUCUAUUUGUGCGUGGUGGUGGAGGUGAGAGGAUGAUGGUGGUGGAUGGGGAGUAGAAUAGGUGGGGCUGGUGUGGAAGAUGUUAAGGAGGCAGCGGGCGGGAUGCCGAGCUUCGUUUCAUCGCUGCCUGGGGCUCAUCAGAUUGAGACAGACGGAAACAACAUGCACCCUUCUCGAGUUUCUGGCCUUGCAGCAAUUGAGCGGUCUAUCGGCUUUCGCAUAGAGGAUGCGGUUGAUCUAAGCAGAAAUCCUUUAUUUAACCCAAAAUCAAGUGGCCAAUCUGUUCCUUCUGAUCCUCUUCAAUUUGGUGCUUUUAGUAAGCCUCUUGCUUCUACUGAUAUUACUCCAGCGGCUGCUAGAAUAGGGUCCCUUGCAGUUCCACAACAAAAGGGGCAGCAGCCUAAUCUGGUGUCAUCAUCCAGUGGUCACGUUGAGAACUGGGGAGAAUCUACAAUGGCAGAUGCUAGUCCUAAGACUGACACGUCAACGGAUGUGGAUACUGAUGACAAGAAUCAGAGGCUUGAAAAAGGACAAGCUGCUCUUGCUGCGGCUUCUGACUCUAGUGACAGAUCAAAGGAUAAACUGGACCAGAAGACACUUCGUCGGCUGGCUCAAAAUCGUGAAGCUGCUAGAAAAAGCCGAUUAAGGAAAAAGGCAUAUGUGCAACAACUAGAGAGUAGCAGGUUAAAGCUUACACAACUUGAGCAGGAGCUUCAGCGAGCGCGCCAACAGGGCAUCUUCAUUUCAGGCUCAGGAGAUCAGACCCAUUCAAUGGGUGGAAAUGGGGCUUUGGCAUUUGACAUGGAAUAUGCACGAUGGCUGGAAGAACAACAUCGACAGAUCAAUGAGCUGAGGGCUGCAGUGAACUCACAUGCAAGUGACAAUGACCUCCGUGCUAUUGUUGAUAGCAUCAUGGCACAUUAUGAUGAAAUUUUUAGGCUCAAAAGUGUGGCAGCCAAAGCAGAUGUUUUUCACAUGUUAUCAGGGAUGUGGAAGACGCCUGCUGAAAGGUGUUUUCUGUGGCUUGGGGGUUUCCGGUCAUCUGAACUUCUCAAGCUACUUGCAAGUCAACUGGAGCCUCUUACAGAGCAGCAGUUGGUGGGGAUAUGUAACCUACAACAGUCCUCCCAGCAGGCCGAGGAUGCACUGUCACAGGGCAUGGAAGCACUGCAGCAAUCCUUGGCAGAAACUCUGGCUUCUGGAUCGCUGGGGCCCACAGGAUCAUCUGGUAAUGUCGCAAACUAUAUGGGUCAGAUGGCAAUGGCCAUGGGAAAGCUUGGCACUCUUGAAAAUUUCCUCCACCAGGCCGAUAAUUUGCGUCAACAGACCCUGCAACAAAUGCUUCGCAUAUUAACAACACGCCAGUCGGCCCGUGCACUCCUUGCCAUACAUGACUACUUCUCACGGCUCCGUGCGUUAAGCUCUCUUUGGCUUGCUCGGCCAAGAGAGUGAGGGCUAAACUGAUUCAGCUGAUCAUUUGUGCAGUUCAUGGAUCAUCAAGCCUGGAAUAUAUGUUCAGUCUCUCAGGCGAAUGAGCUCGUUACGGAGAUCUCUUGAGGACCAAUCCUGUGGUGCCUCUGGAUCGUCAAUUUAUAUUUGACCUGCGGAGCCCUGCUGUACCAUCUCCUCAUGUAGGAAACACAUGUGAAUGUUUAUUAUACGAUAAUUAAUUUAGGUGCUUUGGUGUUGCAGAGAUGUAUACAUUUAUGGAUUGUGCAGAGACGUGAAGGGUGUAUUCGCUUGCAAAAUUGACUCAGCCUGAUCUAACCUGUCAAUAAAAUUGGUGUUACCUGCUGUAUCAGAGAAAAACUCGUGGAAGCAGAAUGGACCUCUCUAUAUUGGCUUUU